GGAGAUAAUCAAAGGUUGUCUGCUAUUUAACCAGAAAAAACAGGAUGAAAUAAAUUGUAUUUUGUAAAAUUUGAUACAAUUUAAGCGUAACGGUCACUGUAAAAUUAUGUGAUUACCUUCAUUUACCUAAAAAAAAAUACAAUGAGUGAUUCCUUAUAAACUGUUAAAGUCACAUAAAAAAAAAUUGAAAGCAAAUUGUCACAGAAAAUAAUUUUGCCAAGAUACGUGACCACUCACUUGGCUUUCAUUGAAAUUGAAUAUUCAAACAUGUCCCAGAUUGACAAGACAAAAAGGGUUGGAAGAUGGUAUUUUGGAGGAGUUGCGAGUGCCAUGGCAGCUUGUUGUACACACCCACUUGAUUUGAUGAAGGUGCAUCUACAGACCCAACAGACUAAAGUUAAAGUCACCACAUUGAUAGGAAGCCUGUAUAAAAGUGAUGGAGUUUUAGGAUUUUACAAUGGAUUGUCAGCAUCUGUUACGAGACAGCUUACAUAUUCAAUGACCAGAUUUGCUAUAUAUGAAACUGUGAAGAAAAACUUAACCAGUGAUGGAAGUGUGAUGCCACUGUAUCAAAAAGUAGGUGUGGCUGGUUUUGCAGGGGCCACUGGAGGGUUUAUAGGUACACCACCAGAUCUAGUCAAUGUUAGAAUGCAGAAUGAUGUGAAACUGCCAAAGGAACAAAGAAGAAACUACAAACAUGCAAUUGAUGGUCUGUUCAAAGUGUACCAGGAGGGAGGUUUGUCAAGGAUGUUUAGUGGAGCUUCUAUGGCCAGUUCAAGAGCUGUCCUGGUGACAGUAGGUCAGCUUGCAGGAUAUGAUCAGAUCAAACAGCUGUUGAUAAAGUCUGGAUAUUUCAAGGAUAACACAGUGACACAUCUUACCUGUAGUACUAUGGCUGGAUGUUUAGCCACAAUGCUGACAAUGCCAUUAGAUGUCAUGAAGACAAGAAUGAUGAAUAACCCAUAUCCUAGUAUCUUAGCAUGUGCAGUUGAUAUAGCAAAGCAAGGUCCUAUAGGAUUUUUCAAGGGCUUCUUUCCAGCGUUUGUAAGAUUAGGACCACAUACAGUGUUCACUUUCCUCUUCUUUGAACAAAUUCGUCAGAACUUUGGAGAUGACCCCAAGUAAAUUUCUAGUCAACCAAAGAAACAGGAUUUAGAAAUCACAGUAUUACCUCUGGUUUAAAAAUCAGCUUGCUUUAAUAAGUUGAUUAUAGAAUGUUUGUCAAAUUUCAUGUAAAAUGGAUGAGGUUUUAUUUGGUCAAGAUAUGCAUUCCUAAGUUCUGUAAGUUAUGUUUGUUAUGUUUUUAUUUUGAUGGGUAAAUAGUAAUCAGUAAUGUGCCAUAUUUACAGCAGCAUUUUUACAACAAACAAAAAAGCACUUCAAACCUUUUUCAUCUAAUUUAUUAUGUGAUUGUCAGUAUUUUGAACUUUGGUUUUUAUCAGUAAACAUAUAAGUUUUUGUAUUGCAUUUUCACAUGGUUUUGUGUAACUUUUUUAAUUUCUCUCUAUACAGAUUACAGAUCACGUACAAAUUUUGAUUUUAAGCAAAUCAAGGAAAGCAAAAUCAGAAGUGUAAUUUGUAAAAUUAAGAAUGUUGUUUUGAAUAUUAUUUAAAGUGCUGUCAAAAAAAAAUUUUGUUUGUCCAUUUAUUGUAAGGUCUAUGUGCAAUCUGCAUCUAAUAUUUAAUCAAUUUGUUAGUAACAAGCUAAUGUAUACACUUUUCCAAGUCCUAUAAUCUAAAAGCAGCAUACAUGUAACUGAUUUUGUAUUCAUUGCUAUUUGUAUUAGCCAAUCUGAGGUUUCACCUUUUCUUCAAUUUACACUCCAAUAAUUCAUUUUAGAUUUUCAAGAUUGACAGAAGGGUAUUAUACACAACUAUGUAAUAUACAUAGCUAGAUGUGCAUGAUAUGGUAGUCUUGCAUUUAUAACAAAAUGUGGAGUGAGUUUCAAACUCACAAAUAUUGGCCAUGGAACAAAUAAGAGAUCAAUUUACCUAUAUAAAGGAAAUCACUGCUUAAUUUGUAAAAUGUAAUAGUCAUAAAUCAUUUAUUUUAAAAGUUGACUGCAGGAAUGUUAGUAUGAAUAUGCUUUAUGGCAAUCAGUUUUAUAAGUAUCUAAACUGGAAUGUCCAGUCUAAAUAAUUACUUUCAGCCAAAGAUUGCACAGGAAUGUCGGGCCAAUUGAUGCCUUAAGUUUGGAUGUACAAGUUAAUUUUUGUGAGAGAUGAUAUUUUGAAGAGAGAAAGUUUGAUACAAUGUUAUAUGUUAUAUGUUAAAUUGUACCUAUUUAUUGGUAUGCUGGUCAUUUUUGAUAACAUUUGUUAAUUAUUUCUAAAAUAAAAGAGUCUUUUACUCUUUCUUUUAAAAGUUUUUAAGGCAUAUUUUGUAUGUUGAUUUUUUAAAUAUUUAUAAAUAUGAUAUAGCAAGAGUGCUUUAUUUUUUAAUUUUGAAAAUAGUGACUUGAACUAAAAGUUUAUUAGAACAUAGGAUUUUUUUCCUCUUGACAAACUGCUACUUUUAUAUAUAUUUCUGAUUUUGUCUCAGAACGAUGUUCUUGUCUUAAAAUACUUAUAUCACUGAUGUAAUUUUCAUUUGACAUUCAAAAAUAACAAGUCAUUGGACUGAAUUACAGUUCUGAUAUGACUGACUUCUAAAGAUUUAUGGCAAAUGUUACUUAUCUAAGGCAUUUUGAGUUGAAAAAAACUUCAAACAGUCAAGGUUGUUAAACACUCCUGUAGUAGAAGUAGAAGAAGUAGUCUAUUUUUUUUAUUGAUUACUGUGGAUUCAUUAUUAUUCGUUGGAUACCAAUUUUUUGUGGAUUUAGUGGGAGCAGUUGAACCACGAAAUUAAAUGUUCAACGAAUGAGAAAUUUUCUUAUGGCUUGUAUGCAGACUUCGGCAAAACCAUGAAAUCAAAUAUCCAUGAACAUAUAAGUUUUCCACAAUCCACGAAAAUUGGUACCCACAAAAAUAAAUGAAUCCACAGUACAUGUUAAUGGUUAUAUCCAUAGCAAUCGUUGACAGCAUGUCUGUGAGUCUGUGACAUUGAGUUUGUCAGUUAUAUUGAUAUCUAUCUCAAUAGAAGGAUAAGGUAUUUUCAAUUUGUGUUCAUUUUAGUCAUAUAUUUUGUUAUUAUAGAUUAAACAAUCUUUGAAGAUUACAUUUUUUUAAUGAGCUGUAUAGAAAAAAGAAACUUGUUUUAGAUUAAAUUAGAUAUAACAGGUUGAACGUGAUAGAAGAACAUGUUAAUAUUUUGUCAAGUUUGUUUUAGAAAAUCUUAGUGAACCUCUUCUGUGGAGAAGGAAUUAUAAGGGUGUAUAAUUUUCUAUGAAUUAUUUUUUUUGUCAUUUUACUUUUUUCACAUAUAUAUUUAUAUUUCACAUUAUUCAGAGCUUAUUUAAGAUGUCAAAAGAAUGUUUUUUUCUUUUUUAAGUUACAUUUAGCAAUUAGAAUUGGAUUUAUUGUAAUUUUGGUAGUUCUGUAAUUUAAGGCGGUAUGGGUGUCUUCCUCCAUCUUGGAUUGUAAAAAACAGAGAAUCAAAGGUCCAUAUUUUCUAUCAAAAUAGCAAAAUUUGAUGCAGAAAUGCAGAUAUUUAAUGUGAAUUUUCAUAAGAAUAUAUGUUAUAAGUAUUAAUAUUUUUGCAAAUGUUGAUUAUUUUUGGUUGUUUUAAAAAAAAAAUUAAAAAAAUGGCAUUUUAAGGGGAGGUAACUCUAAAAUAGUGCAUUUUCUGAAGGAUUCUUCAUGGAAUUUUCCUAUUUUGUAUUUUAGCCUGAAAUUUUCUUUUGAUUUUCUUAAAGCACUGUCUGAAAGCUAUCUUUUCCUUAAGUAUUUUACAAUUUUAUCAUUUUGUUUAGUUUCUACUCAUUAAAAGGUGUUUUUUCCUGUAUAAUCCAUACAAAAUGUGUCAUUUUGUCACAUCCUGUAGCUUGAGAAAAUAAACGGUGACCUAUCAUUUUGAUUCUAUUUUUCAACAUAUAUCAAUAGAUACUAUGUUUUGGCAAAGUAUGGACAGUUUCUGUCAUUUUUAUUUUAGACUCCCAUACCACCUUAAAACUGUUAAACACAUUAAAAAUUCAUUUUAUGGUGGCAUAUUUUUAACUAUUUUCUAUGUUAGAAAUUGCUAUUAAUAUAUAAAUGUUAUGCAAAAUUAUAGCAAGAACAGACAGGAAAUAUUGUUUAAUUAGCCUAAAAGUGUGUUUUCUGUAAGACUGAAAUUCUAAUAAUGGGAAGUAACUCUAUAUUCCUGAGAAAUUGUUAUCAUCAAAGUUUAUUUGACUUAUGUAAAUUUUGUAUGCAGAUAGUAUUAAUUACAGGUAAUUGAUUCAUUAUCCAUGUUCAGAAAUUAUUCUGAUUAAACUUGCUAUAAUUUUUUUAUGUAACUCACCAGUCUACUAUUAAGAAAUCUGUUUGUAUAAAAGAUUUUUAUAGAAUGGAUACUUGAAUGAAAGUGAAUAUACUGUACUAUUUUGUAUUUAAGUACUGAGUGCUGAAGUUAAUCUAUAUUUGUUUAAUUAUCUUUAAUGUUAUGCAGCCAAGCUGUAUAGAUCCAUGCUGAACUUAUAUUUUAAUCUUAUAAAAAGUUU